GCUCUGAGGACCUAAGACUUUCUGUCUCAUGACAUGGGAAAAUACAGGCUCAGUAAUGAUGGCAGGAACUUGACGUACCUGUGGGAAAACUCAAGUGCAUCCCUUGAUCUCACACUGAUGAAAAGCAACCACAGGGACCAUUACUGUAAUGGGCAAAAUUAAAACUGUGAGGUGGCCAUGGCUUGCAGACAAAUUCUGCCUUUCCGGAGGUACUGUCGGCUCCGUCCAUUCCUUUUGCUGCUGGUUCUGGCCGCCUAUCUUUUCUACCAAACUCUGACACCAUUAAGGACAAGAAGAUAUCUCCCAGAAGUUGGCAGUGGUGUUCUUACAGAACAGGAGGUGAAGCAGAAGGAGUACAAGGAGGUUCCUACAAGGAAAGUCUAUUGUUUCCUUCCUUCAAGCAACCGAAAACUACAGAAGGAGAUUGAGGAUGCCAUUUCUAAGUACGUCAGAAGUCAUGCAAAAAACGUGAUAAUUUACAUCCCGUCUUCCAACAGUAAACAAGAUCUUCAGCUAUAUCGACAUAUCCUUACACAGCAUAGCUUUGCAAUUACAGUCCUUGAAGACAGGAAACUGAAUGGACAGAAAAGCCUCCACCUGGGUGAAUUAAACCCCUGGGACCUUAUGAUUUGCUUAUCCUCCAGCAAAGCUGACUAUGAAAAUUGCUUAAGUACACUGGACACACAUCGAACAAUAUUAUUGCAGAAGGCAAAUGUUCUCCCCAAAAUAGAACAUCUCCUUUGCAGAAAAGAAGGGCUAUGCCAGAUAAUGAGAACGUUUCCAGAGUUACAUCUUCCAGUUGCUCUUUCUGCCUGCCCAGAUCUGUUUCUGCCUCCAGGCUCAAUCAUUGCACCUGGAUAUCUUCAAGCUGUGAAAUCACAUGAAGAUCAUGAAAGGUCACGCUUUGCCCAAGGGUCAGAUCCACCAACUGAAAAUAUGCAGCAACGUCCAACACCUACUUCAGCGGAACAUAAGGAGUCCUUUAAAAUCCAAAACCUGACUGUCAUCCUCAAAGCUUAUGUACUGGUUACAUCUUUAACACCUUUGCGAGCAUUCCUUCAUUCAACAGGGAUUGUCUGGUAUCCAUCCAAAAAGAAACACUUUUCAGUCAAGCUGCAGACCUUUUUUGAGACCUUCUUGAAAGCCAGUUCUCCACAGCAAGCCUUUGAUGACAUCAAAGAGGCAAUAAUCAAACUCUUACUGGUGGCUGAAGUUUUCAGCGAGGAAUCUGCAUCUGGACCAAAAGCCUUCACUCAAUGCAGCGUUUGCUUUCAGAUGCUAACUUUCGACAUUGGAUUCAGCCAUUCUAGGCAUCCUGUCAUUCUAGAGGUACAUGAACAUUUUGACUUUCAAGCUGAUGAUGACACAGAUUAUCAGGACCAAAUUGUUAAAGAAACCCUCCUCAAAGAUAUGUUCAGAAUUCUCUUAUCAAAUAAAUCCUCCUACUCUACUUUCUUUGAGGCUUUAUGGAAUGUAUACAGAUCAUCAGGGAUCAAGGAUGGGCAUCACCUGGAGGAACCUGAUCAGUGUCUCACUUUGGAAGAACUAAAUUCAUUGAGCAGUUUUGUACAUGAGCUUCAGAAUCUAGGACAGUUUGAACUACUUUUCCCAUCUGCUGUCCCCAAGAUCCAUUUUUUGCUGCAUGACCUUUAUCACGUGGUGAAUCCAAAGAAGAAGCUUGGUUCGGUUCUGACUGUGCAUCGGCUUUUUUCAAAUUUACUUGAACAGUUACAAAUCGUCAAGAGAGGAAAACGCACACAUUUUGCAGGAUGGCAAAGCAAGGAUUCCAAACAUGAAUCCAGGAUGAAAACCAGAUGGCCAAGCCUUAGGAAUUCUGAUUCAGGAAAGGAUAAUAUUAAUGGCGUUUCUUCCACACUCACGGCAACAAGUGAAGGUUUUCAUUUUUCAAAUCAGGCUAAGGACACACACUGCAGUCAUGAUAAAGACACCUUGCCUCUCAUCAGGCAGAUCUUCACCAAUCCCCAUUUAGAUCUAAACCCAAACUUUGAUCCAAUGAUCAAAGACUACUACACGGAAGUGCCAUUUGAUGUAGUAACAGUAAAGAUUAGAGCAGAACCAGUGAAUUGUCAGGGUGAAGUUCAUUUGGAUGAGAAGAAAGGACCCAGUGCUGCAAAUUAUCCUCUUGGGCUAGGAAUAAACAGAGUCAAUAUUCUGGUAACAGUUGCAUCUCAUUCACCCCGUGAGAUUGUGAGCGUCUAUAAAAUCAUCAUUUACCGAGAAGACCGUCCAAGUUUGCCACUGUUUGAUGACUUCAUGAUGUGUGGUUUUGUCCAGGAUUGUGGUUCACUGAUUCAUCCUAAGGAAUCCUGUGGGUUGCAACCUCUGUCUGCUGAAUACCUAUCAGCCAUUUCACAGCCACAGUUGAAAACUUGUGAAACAGGGGAUACACAAGGACAAUGGAUUGUUCCUUGCCUAAGUUGUUCCGACAACAGAACCUGUGACUGGAGACAAAUAGCAUGGCAGCCCCGCAAUUGUCAAUACCCUGUCAUUAACAAACUGAAACUCCAGCAGUGUCUAGAAAGAAAAAAGAUUCUUUUCAUUGGUGAUUCAACUAACAGAGGGAUGAUGUAUUACCUGAUAGAAAGACUGAACAAGACCCUUCAAGAGUGGCAAAAGGCCCAUGAUAUGAAGUUUUAUCAUAAUAUAAAUAAUGGAAAUACAUUUAUUAGUUACUCAUAUUAUCCCCAAUUUUGGAUCAGUGGAAACCAAAGACCAACCUUUCAAGAAGCACUAGAACAGUUGCUACACAGAUCACAGCCACUUGAGAAUACUGGGCAGACUAUAUUAGUUGUUGGUGGUGUCCAGUGGCUUAAUUUCAAUCACUUGACUAUUAUUCAAAAGGUGCUCAAGCGAGUGAAUCUCUCAAAUAUCUUAGUAGUGAUAAAAUCUCUGGGAAUGGGGUUUCAUCUGCCAGUGGAUGGAGUGCAUUCUUUGUCACCGGCAGAAGUACAAAAUCUGUGGAAUGAAAAUCAAGCUAUUUUGAAGAUGGCAAGCCAAUAUGGCUAUGAAGUGGUUGAUACUUUCAUUCUUACUAUGGGGCGGUACAAGGAAUUUUUGCAAGGGAAGUGUGGAUGCCAUUUUCAUGAGGUGGUGAAAUCCAAAACAUCUGAAGCGAGCUCUCCUAUGACAAUGACAUUAUCAAGGCCCUAUGCUCUGGGCAAAUAUUUCAGCAAUCAAAGCAAUUUGAUACAAUUGCAAAUCUAUGCAUCAAAUUCUCAAUCCCCUUAUCACGUGAGAGGCCCAAUAAACCAAGUCUAUUCAGAAAUCCUUCUCAGCAGGAUCUGUGGAAAUGACUGGAAAGCUGUUGGAAUGUAGCUUUGUUUGGCAGAAACAUAGACUUCCAGACUGCCCGCUUCCCUAUGUGGUGAUCCAAAGGCCAUACCAAAUUUAUUACACGCUUCUCCAAGUGGCAAAACAUACCAGCAUAAUUCAAGACAUGUGGCAGCUUCACAAAGCCUUAUAAAGUCAAGAUGUGUCCCCAUGAAUCUGUGGUUGCAGAACAGGAGACGGAGAAUCAAGAGAAAGAGGAAAGGAAAAGAGUUAA